UACAGUUAUGAUUGUUUUAUGGACAUUAGGUGCUCCAAUAAGUUUAUUUUUAAUUACAUUUAUUACUACUGGUUAUUUACAUUGGAUAGCAUAUCGUGUAUGUUCACUAUUAAUGUCUCUAUCUUUUCUAUUUAUUAGUUUAUCAUCACUUUAUGUUACACCACAGAUAUAUAAGAAAAUACGAAUUUUAUUCGGUUGUGUUAAACAUCAUAAAAGACAUCAACGAGUACCUUAUUCAAUCAAUAUUAAUAUUGAAAGAGAAAGAAGAAUUGAAAGUAUUCUUCUUGAAUAUACUUCAUUCACUGAUCCAAUUAUAUUUAAUUGA